AUGGCGGACGCGGAGAUCCAGUCCCGCUUCGCGCCCCCCAACAAGCAGCUCGAGCCCGACGUCGUGGCCGAGCUGCAGUCCAUGAUGCGGCUGCACGACCUGCCCGCCGAGGACCUCUACUACAAGUGGGACUCGUACUGCAUCAAGCUGGACCUCGACGCGCAGGACGUUUCGCUGCGCAACGUGCGCGGCCUCAAGCAGAGCAUCCAGGACGAGCUCGACAAGAGCAGCCACCGGCAGCAGGCGCAGCAGGUCCGGACGGAGCGCAAGGUCAAUGCGACGCCCAAGGCCGGCGGCGCAGACGUCUUUGGCAUGCUGGAUGGCUUGGUGCCCAGCACGCCGGCGACGGGCGCGAGCAAGCUGAGCAGAGGGCCUGGCAGCGCGAGCGCGGCGAGGAGGAGGAUCGAUACUCCCAAGGGUGGUGCGCCGGGGAGCUCACCAGCAGGCGGGAUGAGGGAUCAGUUAAACGCCAUGCAUAACGUGCCCAUCUCCUCCUUUAGCGACAGGACAAACCCCGGCGAAGUCAUCGAGAUUCUCAACGACCAGCUGCCCGCCGCCGAAGCGCCCAUGGCCCCGUACGCCGAGCCCAGGAUCAAGCUGGCCGCGAGCUCCGACCAGAAGAAGAUGGCGUACCGGCCCCUGGCCAUGAAGCUCUCCGAAGCGAGCGAGAUUCUCGACGACCGCAUCGACGACUUCCUCGCUCUGGUGCAGGAACACCACCAGCUCGAAGACUCGGCGUUUGGCAACGCCGCGGCGCAGAGCACCACCGAAAUCGUCGCCGUGGGCCGCAUCGCGUCCGACUCCCUCGAGGGCAAGCUCAAUGCCGCGUCGCUCGUGCUCGAGACGUCGCGCCGCACAGGCAUGGGGUUCCGCGUGCCGCUGCGGACGGAGAAGAUUCGCGCGUGGAGCUGCUUCCCCGGUCAGAUCGUCGCCCUCAGGGGCAGCAACGCCACGGGCAACGAGUUCGUCGUCAACGAGGUGCUCGAGAUCCCGCUGCUGCCCAACGCGGCGUCCUCGGCCGCCACGCUCGAGGGCGUCAAGGAGAAGCUGCGGGGCGGGCCCGACGCCAUGGACUCCGACGCGGAGCCCGCGCCGCUGAGCAUCAUCUUCGCUUCGGGCCCCUACACGGCGGACGACAACCUCGACUACGAGCCGCUCCACGCGCUGUGCAGCCAGGCCGCCGACUCGUACGCCGACGCGCUCGUCCUCACGGGCCCGUUCCUCGACGUCGACCACCCGCUCAUCGCGACGGGCGACUUCGACCUCCCCGACGAGGCCAACCACGACCCGGACACGGCCACUAUGGCCACCGUGUUCCGCUACCUCGUCGCCCCGGCCUUCACGCGCCUCGCGUCCGCGAACCCGCACCUCACCGUCGUGCUUGUCCCCUCGGUGCGCGACCUCCUCGCCAAGCACGUCUCCUGGCCGCAGGACACCAUCCCGCGCAAGGAGCUCGGCCUGCCCAAGUCGGUGCGCAUCGUCACCAACCCCAUGACCCUGUCCGUCAACGAGGUCGUCCUCGGCGUCUCCAGCCAGGACGUCCUCUACGAGCUGCGCGCCGAGGAGCUCGCCCCGCCCAAGAACAGCGUCUCCGCCGCCGCGGCUGGGGGCGACCUCAUGAGCAGGCUGGUCAAGUACCUCGUCGAGCAGCGGCACUACUUCCCGCUGUGGCCCGCCGCGGAUAGGGCGCGGCUGCCCAAGACGGGCACCGAGGAGGGCGUCGCGACAGGGGCGGUGCUCGACGUGAGCUACCUGAAGCUGGGUGAGAUGGUCAACGUGCGGCCAGACGUGAUGCUCGUGCCUAGCGCACUACCGCCAUUCGCAAGGGUCGUUGAAAGUGUGCUUGCCGUGAACCCGGGCUACCUGUCCAAGCGCAAGGGUGCAGGCACGUACGCGCGCAUGACGCUGUACCCGCCCAAGACGGACGGCGAGCACGGCGACAGGAUGCUGAGCCACAAGGUGUUCCACAGAGCGCGCGUCGAGAUUGUGAGGAUAUGA